GAACUCUACUGAACUAUCUCAGCCAUCACAAUGAGCAACAAAUUCCUGGGCACCUGGAAACUUGUCUCCAGCGAGCACUUUGAUGACUACAUGAAAGCUCUGGGUGUGGGGUUAGCCAACAGAAAACUGGGAAACUUGGCUAAGCCCCGUGUGGUCAUCAGCAAGAAGGGGGAUUAUAUCACCAUUAGAACUGAAAGCACCUUUAAAAACACAGAGAUUUCCUUCAAGUUGGGCCAGGAGUUUGAUGAAACCACAGCUGACAAUAGGAAAACCAAGAGCAUCGUGACGCUGGAGAGAGGCUGCCUGAAGCAAGUGCAGAAGUGGGACGGUAAAGAGACAACCAUAAAGAGAAAGUUGCUGGCUGGGAAAAUGGUAGUGGAAUGCAUAAUGAAGGGUGUGGUCUGCACCAGAAUUUAUGAGAAAGUCUGA